AUGACUCCUCGCCAACCACAGAGCGACAGUGGUCGUGCCUGUACGUCAAUUGUCACAGAGUACCACCGCAAAAAGCCGAAUCAGGAAGCGCCGUUUUUGAUCGAGGUCGAAUACUUGAACUCUGCCGGCAUAAAGGCCCACUUACAAGAGCUGCUUUGGAACUAUCGCCGCAUCUACCGUCCGGAUAUUGACCCAGAGGCAUUGGGUGAUGCCGAAUACAAGCGACUCGAGGCUACAUCCAGCACGGCGUGGUCGACUCUACAGACAGCGUUCCGCCAUGAACGUGGCUUUAGUUCCUCGUUUGCCCUGAACAUGGACGACGGUUCCGACGAGCGCAUCCUGGAACAGCUUGUCACAUGGGCGGGCCGCAUUGAAUGGCCACGCGGAAGUGACGAGGGCUUCUGGACAACUACGGCCCUCUCCGUGGACGAGUGUUGUGAUGCUACGCGGCCAUUCAUGGAGGAUAAGUUCUGGCCGUUUACCAAUCUUAUCAGGAUAUUUCUCAGUGCACGUGUGCUCGACUCCGGUAUCAUCCUAGCCGACCUCCCCGGACUCCAGGACGUCAACCUGGCUCGAGUCCGUGCGGCCCACGAAUACGUUCUGCAAUGUGACAGCAUUCUUGUCGUGGGCCGCAUUGCGCGGGCAAUCUCUGAUCAGUCUUUGCGGUCAUCACUCUACACGUCCCUUGCAAGUCACGCCCCAAACGAGUGGCAGGAACAAGGCGCAGCCCGCCUAAACAUCGCCGUUGCACUUUCGCAUGCGGAAGACAUUAAUGUUCGAUCUGCACGGCGUGAGAUCCAAGACCCAGAAAUCAAGGCCAAACUGGAUCGCCUCGACAUCGAGAUAAACAAUGCACAAGCCGCAGGUUCCCUUCGAACGGAACAAAAUAUGAAACUCAUGCGAAAGCGACUGUUGGUCGAGGAGAGAAACAAGAACGUCACGAAAGGCUUGCAGGAUGCUUAUGCCUCCAAGAUGAUCAACCAAAACAGGCAGUUGCCCGUUUUCUGUAUUUCCAACAAGUGGUACGAAAAGUUUACGGCCAUUGGAAACACAGAGCUCGUGCGGGAAAGUCAGAUUCCCGCCCUCCGACGACACUGCCAAGCCAUCGCAGCGGAUGCCCUACUGGGCGAAGCAAGGCACUACUUACGAACAAGUCUUCCCUCUCUCGUCACCUCGCUCGACCUCUGGGUCACAAAUUCCAUUGCCACGCAGGCUCUGCAGGGAGACGGCCGACACGACCGAUCUGAUCCCUCCGUAGAUCGCGUCCGCCAAGUGGUCCGCGGAAUCGACGACGAAAAUUUGCUAGGCCCGGAAAGUGACUGGGUCGACAACGUCGAAAGUUGUUUCAACGAGGAAAUAAUGGAAUUUUUCGCCAAUAGGGGUGACAUAUGGAAGGAUCAAGCUGUCAACGAAAGCAACAAGUGGACUGUAAAGUCAGGUCCUAACUACUGGCAUCAAACCCAUUACAAUUCAUGGUGUCUUCAUGAUGGCGAUUGGAGCACACCAAAGAAGCCACAUGUCAACUGGAAUGCCGAGUUGAUCUGGAAGAUGCGGACCGAGCUCGAGCUGCAGUGGGACAUUUUCGAAGAGCAAACGCAUGACGAGUUCAAGGCCGUACACGAGAACCUUGGUGCAAGCCUCGUUGAGCUGAAGGACGCUAUUGGGUCUGCAACUAGCGUCCCAGGGCGUGAAGGACUGGUGCGCUUGAUCAACUUCAGCUUGCACGAGUUCAAGCACUCCCUGGACCAAAGAGAGCGACGCUUCCUCGUGACGCUGAGGGCUACGCGCAGCAAGACCAGUGAAGCCACAUGCGCGUCGUAUAUUGUCGAGCACAUGCUUCCGGCAUACCGCGACGCGUCGCUGGAGUUUGGGACCGGACGGCGUAUCAGGCAGGAGACGAUCAUCGGCUCAAAGGUAAGCAGAGGUGACAUAUUUCUCAGCAUGGGCAGUGCAUUGGCGCGUGAUAUCCAAAGUCUUCUCCGACACACAGAGGAGGAGAUCGAGCGCGCCAUAGAAUCGAUGGCUGAACACAUUCUGCGGAAUGUCAAAAUGGCAUUUGGGGCCGAUGAGACUCCUCACACGUCUGUGCCAUCAGCUGCCCUGCGGAAUGCCGAAUACAACGAGCGCCUGCAGCACUUUUCGAGUAUGGUCUCUGUCUGGAGAGAACAGUACUCGCUUUUGUUUGCGAGCGAAGAUGGGGCGUUGGACUCUCUGUUGUGA